AUGGAUCGGUACCCGCAAGUGAAGGACGACAUCGCCCUGCUGCGACUGGGUUCGCCGCUCGCGUUCGACGAGUUCGUCCAGGCGGUGUCGCUUCCGGUCGACGGGGAAGGCUUUUCGGGUGACAACCGAGAAUUCCGGAAGACGGGGGUGAUUGCCGGCUGGGGAAGCACGAAGGAAGGAGGGGUCUAUUCGCCGACCAUGCGAGAGGCCAGAGCGGGGAUACUUCCCGAUUCUCAAUGCCAGGGAUACUGGGGGUAUUUCUUCCACGGGCCUUCCAUGAUUUGUGCGGGGCUCAACGCCACCGACUCUUGUCGGGGAGAUUCGGGCGGUCCUUUAGUGGUGGAGUUCAAGAAAUCGCCGGUGAGAACAGUCGUCGGUGGCAUCGUUUCCUGGGGCAUCGGUUGCGGAAGACCCAAUAGGCCUGGCGUCUACACGGACGUUGCGCAAUACGUGCCGUGGAUCACGAAAAUCAUGGAUUCCUAUCCCUGUGGCGUACCUUGA